CGAAGAAGAAGAAGAAGACCAAAAAUGCAGGACAUAUUCGGAUCAGUCCGGCGAUCACUCGUGUUCCGUCCUCCGCCGGCGGACAACAGCGAAGAGUCUUCUCCAGUCCCGACCUUGGUCGACAAGAUCAAUUCCUGCAUUCGCAAAUCCAGAGUCUUCUCCAAACCCUCUCCGCCGCCGCCACCGCAACCGCCUUCUUCGAUUCCCAAGGACGCUGCUCCGCUGAUCCGAUGGCGCAAAGGCGAAUUGAUCGGUUGCGGCGCCUUCGGACGCGUCUAUAUGGGCAUGAAUCUCGAUUCCGGAGAGCUUCUUGCUGUUAAACAGGUUUUGAUCGCGGCAAACAGUGCUUCGAAGGAGAAGGCACAGGCUCAUAUCAAGGAGCUUGAGGAAGAAGUUAAGCUUCUGAAAACUUUGUCUCAUCAGAACAUUGUUAGAUAUCUGGGUACAGUGAGGGAGGAAGAUAACUUAAAUAUUCUCUUGGAGUUUGUACCUGGCGGAUCAAUAUCAUCACUCUUGGGGAAAUUUGGGCCUUUCCCAGAAGCUGUUAUAAGGACAUAUACAAAACAAUUGUUACUGGGAUUGGAGUAUCUGCAUAAACAUGGUAUUAUGCACAGGGAUAUUAAGGGAGCUAACAUUCUUGUCGAUAAUAAAGGAUGCAUUAAACUUGCAGAUUUUGGUGCGUCUAAACAAGUUGCUGAGCUGGCAACAAUUUCAGGGGCCAAGUCUAUGAAGGGCACUCCAUAUUGGAUGGCUCCUGAGGUCGUUCUCCAGACUGGUCAUAGUUUCUCCGCUGAUAUAUGGAGUGUCGGAUGUACUGUAAUUGAGAUGGCCACCGGAAAACCUCCAUGGAGCCAACAGUUCCAAGAGGUCGCUGCUCUUUUCCAUAUAGGGACUACAAAGUCUCAUCCUCCAAUUCCAGAGCAUCUUUCUGCUGAUGCUAAGGAUUUUCUGUUGAAAUGUUUGCAAAAGGAACCAAAUCUCAGGCUUGAUGCAUCUGGGUUGCUUCAGCAUCCCUUUGUAACUGGUAAAAACAUGGAAUCUCAAACUCUUUUUCGUACUCCUGAAACGGAAAAUUUUGAUUCUCCAUCUCCAUCAUAUCCCAAAAGCCUGGAAACCUUUAAAACGUCAACUUGCUCCGACACAACUGAUAUCUGUAACUUGGGUAGUCUGCACUGCUCAAUUGUGUCUCCUAGGAAGUUGUUAGAAAGAAGUAAUUGGAAAGGUAACGGCAGUGAUGAUGACAUGUGUCAGAUUGAUGACAAAGAUGAUAUUACUGCGAGUGAAGUGAAGCUCAAUUCUUCUUUGAUUUCUGACGAGUUUAAGAGUUUUAACCCCAUAAGUGAGCCCAAUGAUGACUGGGAGUGCAAAUUUGAUGGAAGUCCAGAACAACAAUACAAACAAAUAAAUUUGGAAACUGAUCAACAAAUUCAUUUGACUGCCAGUUGCUCUGGAACUUUUAGUGAUGGAGAUAAAAACUUUUCAUUUCCCUGCGGACCAUCGCUUUCUGAGGAUGACGAUGAACUUACCGAGUCAAAAAUUAAAGCUUUCUUGGAUGAGAAGGCUUUAGAAUUGAAGAAACUGCAAACGCCCUUAUAUGAGGAGUUCUACAACAGCUUGAAUGCAGCUGCCUCUCCUAGUUAUGUGGACAGCACAGGUGACGAAGCUAGUCCAAGGUACUUGAAAUUACCUCCCAAAAGCAGAUCACCCUCUCGGGGUCCCAUCGGUAACACUUCUCCAGCAGUUGAUGUUCUUAGUACCGGAAGCCCGGGGAGUAAUGGUAGGCGUGUAUCAAAUAUUUGUACUACAAGCAAUCGUGCUUUAAAGGACACCCCAUCACCUCCACGUAAUGAUUGGAAAGGGCUUUUAGUUGAUGCUCAGCAGGAGCCAAGUAGUCCAAGCUUUUCUGAGAGACAGAGAAAGUGGAAAGAAGAGCUUGACCAAGAGCUUGAGAGGAAGCGAGAGAUGAUGCGCCAAGCAGGUGUGGGAGGAAAGACAUCAUCACCUAAAGAUCGAGCCUUAAGUAAGCAGAGAGAGCGAACAAGGUUUGCGUCUCCUGGCAGCUGAGUAUUGCCCUAUCUAAGAGUGUUCUUUCUGGCAUUCUGGGAGGUAUACUUUCCAUGGAGUUCAUCACUCAAGCUGCAGUUUUCCAGCUCGACUUAAAAACAGCAGCAAUUCAACGUCUCAUUCAAUUCAAUUCCUCAUUGUUCGUCUGAAAAAAGGUCCUUGUACGUCCAAGGAUAAUCUAUCAGAAGUGUGAAAGCAUGUUAUAGAUUUACUUGAGUUUGUUUAGGUGGUUUUGAGAUGGGGGAGGGUACAUAUUUCUCAAGUUUGUACUCAGUGCAUAAAAGUUGUAAAUUUUAUGUAGAAUAAUAUGUGAUUAGAAAAAUACUACGAAAUUU